GUGUCGUGGGUGAGUCUUGCAGAUGACAAAGAGCCUCUGAUGGCGCCAGACAAAGUAGCAAUCCUUGCAACGUCUCUUCAAUCUACCCUUAACUUUGAAACCACAAACUAAAUUCACCAGAGGACUUCCUUGGCAGGCUAGUAGAUGAUCCAUGGGCUGCACAGAAGGUAAACUGAGUCUCUGGGAGCCCCAAACUGUAGCUCGGGGUAGUAAACUGUGGAACGAUCUCCUCACAAUACCCGGAAUAACCCCAUUUAUGCAUCCCCUCAGGAAACUCACACCAAGUGCCGGAAACAUUCUGUAAAUCAUUCACACAAAUUAAUCAAUUAACUCGUUAUUUUCUCCUCUGAAAAUAUUGGAAAAUUAUUCAAUAAUUUACCUCUUAAAAGAAAAAAUCCAUAAAUAUUUUUUUCCGGAAGAAAAUUAUACCACCUUGAAGUUUUUGGAAGAAGACUUUAUCAAAAAUCGUUCCUUGAGCCACGUUCGGAACGGUUCGGAUCACUUCGUACUUUUUUUCGUGAAACUCAACAAACAUUGCGCUGUAUGAGGUUAUUUUUUUAACGUGAAUUUCCUGGAAAUUAUUCAUUUUCCAGCAUUUUGUGGAAACGAAACGAGGAAUAGAAGCGAAUUUGCUACUUUGUGAUGUCUGCAAAAAGGAGAAAGAGCAAGAGGAUGCAGGAGGAUGACAAUGAUGAUGUGAGAAUUUUAGAUGAUCGCUGGUACCUCGAUCGGCUGGGCUUCAACCGAAGCCGUCUGUACCUCAAGGAGGGUGAGAAUUCAAUUGGAAGAGACAUCCAUUCCAAAAUUGUCGUGAAUUCUCCCUUUGCCUCUCGCAGGCAUUGCAUAAUUACCCUCCGGGAAGGAAUCCUUGGGCUUGAGGAUUUGAAUUCCUUCAAUGGAACCUUUGUCAAUGAUGAGGAAGUUAAGGGAAGAUCUCGGGAGGUGUGCUUGGGCGACGUAAUAGCAAUUGGAGGGCUCAUGAAGGAGGAGGACAUUGAAUUUAGAAGCGAUGCCUUUAUGUUUCGGUUGAGAAAUGAGGGUAAAGAGGCGGACAAUGAUCGGCAUACACUCGAAUUUGAGGAGAUUAUCCAUCCAAAUGCUCCCGAUGGAGUACAGAUUAAGGAAGAAGAACCCCCGAGGAAUAUUCUUGCCUCUACUGGUGAUGUCCGGGGAAAUGAGACUGAUGUCAUUGAGAUAAAGGAUGAAGAGAAUCUCUAUUCAAUGCAGAUCCUCUCACAAAUAUCAGAGGAUGUGCAAGAAGUUAGAUUAAUUAAGACGGAAAAUACUGAUUGUAUUGAUGAUGGAGAGAAGACGGUUGUUGAUUUUGGGAAACCAUACUCUCCGGGAGUUAUUGAUUUAAUUUCCGACGAUGAUGAGGAUCUCGACAAAAAUGUUGGUAAAUGGUUAUCACGGUUAUCGCAGAGUCAGCACAAAGAGGUUCUCAUAAGAGCUAUAAAGUCAGAACCUCAGGAAAUUGAUGAAGAGCUACCUGUUGAAGAACUUCCCGAAGAAUCUCACAAAGAAAAGGAAAACCAAACUGAAGAUAAACAAGAAAAAGUUAUUCUGAAGGAUUUACGGGUUAUCCUCAAUCCUAUUCAAUGGCCAAUUGAGCCAAUUCCUGGACCCAGUGGGUCGACAUCGGGCCAAAGAUCACCUUCACCUGAUGUCUCAUCAGAUGAUGAAAUCAUUCCACCCAAAAAGAGACGAUAUAGCAUGUUCUCUUCGGCCGAAAGUAGUCCCUCAACGUUCUGUGAGGAUGAUCAACUCAAUCAAUAUGAUAUGGAGAUGGUCACUGAUGACAUCACGAUCUCAAAAUGCCCACCAGAAAUGGUGGAAGUUAUGGAAGCUGAUCAGAGUGAUGCAUUGUCUUCGAGUAUUCAGCCCGAAGUUCCAGAUCUUCCAGAAAAGCCAGAAAUGGAUCAAGCAGAAAAUUUCGAUUCCAAGAUGGAUGAUUUGGAUCCAGUUGAUCCUCGUGGACUUCUGGAACGUAUUGAGGAGAAGACUCAUCACAAGAAAUGUGAGAAAAAGUCCCAACAUCGUCAAAGAGAUGAAAAGAAGAAAGAGGAAAAGAGGGAUGCUGGAAGAGAGGAGAAGAAGAAGGAAGAGAAGAAAAGCCAUAAGAAACAAGAAAUAAGGGAUGAAAAUAGGAGUCAAAGGAAACAUGACAAAAUGGAUGAUAAAAAGAAGGAGAGAAAGCAGGACAAGACAGAUGAAAAGAAGUCUGAAAAGAGACACGAGAAGAAGGAAGAGAAGAAGAGUGAAAAAUUCCACGUAAAGAAAGAUGAGAGGAAGAGUGACAACAAGGACACAAAUACUGAGAAAAAAGAUGAGAAGUACAAGAAGACAGAGCCUUCAGUCAAGCCCACAAUCAAGCCUUCCGAAAUCCUUAAACAGGCAGUGGAAAGCAUAACAGUGCCCACAAGGAAGGCUCCAGAAUUAAUUCCAGCUCCAAAGAAACGCCGAAGGAAUAGUCUUCGAGGGUUUUGCGCCAGUGAAAUGGGGAGGACGGAAAAGAAAGUUUCUCUGGGUACCGUCCUCAAACAAAAUGAAGUGAAGAGUGUCCCGGAUAUAAAACGCAACAAGGAAAUUAAGGAGACACGACGGGAAAUGCUGAAGAAUCUUGCUAUGGGAGGAGGAGAGGAAAAGAGAAGCAUCCCCACAAAUGCGCCGGCCAAGAUAAAGCUUACGUGGGAAAAUCGUGGGAAUUUUCUCACAGAAGUUUUACCAAAGAAGCCAAUUCCAACGCGAAGACAGAGCUUGGAUGCUGCCCUCCUGGCAGCUGAUAGUGUCUACGCCGCUCCUAAAAAGAUAAAGGAUCGGCGAAAGACCAUUAAUACGGCAGAUGAUCAUGUGGCACGAAAUGAACUAGAUCAGAAUGAAGGAAAUGACGAUAUUGAUGUUGAUUUGGGUAUAUUGCCUGAGUUUUCUGGUGAUUUUCCAGCAUCGUAUGGGACGCAUAUACGGCACAAGAAACGAAUUGCUCACACACCAAAAUAUGUGGAACCGUCUGUGCAGGAAGAGUCAGUGGAAGCAGCUGAAUCAAAUAGGGUGUCAACGAUUAAAUUUGCCGAGCCGCUUGAGGCUAUUUUUGAAUUGUGCCCGUCACCGGCUCCAGAAGAAAUUCCAACAGAUGUACCGUACCUCACGCUGAAUUGUGUCAAGGACGAGGUGACCAAAUGGAAUCCAUUGUGGCUCAAGCAUAAUAAUUACAGCAAAAUGGAUUUAAUUAAUCCCUCAACGGCGCUCCUCCGCAUUGGGAAUACAUUUGAUAGCUUCAGCAGCUACCUUGAUACGAUGAUUCCUCUGAUGAUGCUGGAACUCUGGGCACAAAUAAUGAAACAAGUGCAUAUUCCACAGGGCCAACAAACCGAGAGGCUUCUCCUUAACAUUGCAUCCGUAACUAGAAAUGGCGGAAGAUUUGUAAUUAAAACACAAAAUAUCACAGGAAAGCCACCAAAUAUUCAAAUUGGAGAUUUGGUCGUUCUGGAGUGCCAGUACCAAAGGAGGAACCUGAAAUUCUUUGUGCACACAAAGAAUAUUGAACCGGAUGGAAGGGAGGUUACCUUCGAAACGGCAUUCCUGAAUCUAGACUCCAGUAUUGAGAAUACAUUGGCACAUGUGGAGCCAAUUAUGAAUAUAACAUACGUCUUGAUGGAAUUUGAGUAUGUGUUCAACCUCGAAAAUUCUCCCCUCUACAGAACAAUUCUCGAUUCAACAAUGCUCAGGCAUGAGGAUGAAGAUGUGUCCCAGAAGAAGGCAAAUGCCCAUUUUGAGUAUUGCGGAAGGGACGCAUUGAAUCCCACACAAAUGACAACCAUUGAGAAGGUUUCUGCACAGUGCCUCAAUCCUCGGGGAACGAUAAGCCUCAUUCAAGGGGGUCCUGGCACAGGAAAAUCGCGAAUUAUUGCCAAUUUAGUGUUUCAACUGCUACUGCACCACAAUCAACUCUUUCCCGAUAUGAAAAUUCUCGUUUGUGCACGAAGCAAUGCUGCUGUGGAUUAUCUUGCCGCUCAAAUGAUGGACAUAAAGAGGGAAUUAAAUAAAAAUUUCCAUAUUGUCCGUUUUGGUGUGGAAAGUAGAUUUAGUGCGAAUGUUAAAUGUAUUUCACAUGAGGAGCACGCAAGAGCAUACAAACAAGGAAUGAUUUCAGUGAGGGAUAAUCCGGAGUACAGGAAACUCUAUGAGGUUAAGUUGAAGCAAUUUGAGGGACGAUUGAAGGAAUUGGAAAAGCCACAUGAGGAGAGAUUUUGUGCACCCCCAAUUGAUGCGCAGGAAGAGAUGAUGCGUCUGAGGGCGAAGAUCCUAGAUUUAAGACUUUACUUCAAUGGUGAAGAUUUUGGCAGAGAUUUCAUCAUGGAUCGUGUAAUGGAACGUGCCAAAAUCAUUUGUGCAACAUUGAGUAGCUGCGGCAAUAUUGCCAAGUUUGGUGUUGAUUCCUUCGAUGUUUGCAUCGUUGACGAAGCUUCACAAGCAACGGAGUCAUGGACCUUGGCACCACUCAAAUUUGGCGUGUCCUCACUCAUUCUUGUCGGAGAUUCGCUUCAACAUCCCGCCACAGGGUUAUCAAAAGAAGCCAUGCAACAUGGACUUGGACAGUCACUCUUCAAGCGUCUUAGUCUCUCACAAACAAUUCCCAUUCACUACCUCACUGAGCAGUAUAGGAUGCAUCCGGAGAUUUGGAAAUUUCCAAAUGAAUAUUUCUACAGGAAUCGCUUAAGUACUCAUCCCAUGGCAAUUGAUUCGAGCUUCCCGUGGAAACCCUACGGGGUGUUUAGUUUGGAAUUUACACCAACUCCAACGAGCAACAGAACACUCUCAAUUUACGAUGAGGCAAAUUUUGUGAGCACACUCAUUAAAAUUAUCACCACCAAAGCACCUCUGAGUCAAUACUCCUACGGCAUUAUAACACCCUACAAUGGGAAUCAGAAUCCUGAGCUAGUGCAAUCAGUAGCUGAAAUCUCAAAAGAUAUUCUAAUCAGCACAGUUGAGGGCUAUCAGGGUCAUGAGAGAGAUAUCAUUAUAAUUUCUUUGGCAAAGACAGAUGGACUCACCUACUUGGCCAAUAAUGGGUUCAUUAGUGCAUUGACAAGAGCCAAAAAGUGCCUCUUUGUCUGUGGAAACUUUAUUACACACCAGCAAACCGAUAUUGGACAUCAUUUUGUAAAUGAUGCAAAGGCAAGAAAACUGUUUUACAUUGUCAAUUCAUGCACACCACCGAUUCUUCAGAGCUUCAUUACUAAAUAAUUUUCUUGGUGCCAUUUAGAAAAUCAAAAAAAAAAUUAAGAAGUGCCAAUAAUUUCUAAAUUAAAAUUUCUUUUAAAGAAAUUUUCUGUAAUUGAGAAUUUUUGAAAUAUACUUUGAAUAAA